CACCAACACCAAGUUUUUCCAAAUCGUCCUUCGAUUUACCUCUAUCCCCUUAUUCUUGCUUCCGGUAAAAAUGGAAGAGGCAUCUAAUACAACCCACCACGCUUCCCCUGUUAACGCGUUCUCCGGGCCGAUUUGACUACCUCUUCGCCUACCCCGAGGCGAUGCCACUGUUCGUCGCAAAAGCUACCACGCGCUGUCUUGUGCCAGAUAAUGUUUUGGACCGUGUUCAGUUUCCGUUGGUACUCAUAGCUAGCACGUUUGCAGGGGAGGGGAAACCAGGGGAGAAGAAUAUCAUGGGACGCGGCCGUAGCGAAUUUAUCCCACCAAACCGGCAUGAGGGGUACAGGAAAUUUGGUGCGUCGCGCAUCGAGUCCAGACGUUGUAUCCGAGUUGGAGUCAAAAGGGUGAGGAAGAUGCUGGGCAACAAAUUUGGUCGGAAGGAUGCGGGAGGGAAUGUAGAAGCGGAGGGAGCGAACGCGCAGCAUGCGUAUGAGAGAGGUUGCGGUCGCAACUUUUUUGGUGAGGGGGUAAUUGACCAACGGGUGAAAUGGAGACGGUUUUGUUUUCAAAUACAUAGUUCGGUUCCUAUGUCUGUCAGAUAUACUAUCCCUUUGCCUAUUUGGCUUGUCUUUGUCUGGCAGGCACAAUUUUGUGAACGUUAGGGAUAUUUUCGGCCUUCCUGGGGCAGGACUGUCAAUGGUUACUGAAUGGGGUGAAGCUGAGAAGUUUGCACGUGUGGAAUUUCUCGGUUGUCACAAUAAUGACUUCAUUUUGCC